UGGACUUUGAAACGAGGUCUGGAGAAAAAGCGGAGUGGAGCGGACAUCAUUCCUCCGUCAGCGUCUUCAGAGCAGACACGAAGGCGACGAGCCAAGAAGAGAAAACACCGCAGCUCAGAAACAGGAAUACACUCAUCGACAUUCAAAUUAAACAAUGGCCGACACAGCUGUUGACAAGACCGCCGCCCCAGAGGUUACAGCCAAGGAGCUGAAGGAGCUGAAGGAGAAGAAAGAAGUCCAAGUGGAGGAGAAGAAGAAGAAGAAGGAGGAGGAGAAGAAGAAGACGGACAACGGGGACGCACCUGCCAAUGGCACAAAUGGAGCUGAUCACAGUGACAAAGUGGAAGAACCCGAGGAGGAGGAGGAGGAGGAGGAACACAAGAAUGGAGAUGCUAAAGCAGAGGAGGCGCCCCCUGCUGAGAAGACCGAUGCACAGCCUGUGAAACGUGCAGCUGAUGAGGAGGAGGAAAAGGUGGAGACUAAAAAACAGAAGACGGAGGAAAAUGGCGAUUCAAAAGAGGCAGAAGUGAAGGCUUAGAUCUUCGCUCUGUGUUUGCGGCACUGUCUUACCGGCCUGGUCAACAUCAUGUUGUAGAGCUUGUGCUUCUCUGUAUCUUUGAGAGAGAUUUCUUUUCGUUUGCUCCCAUGUUACCACAUUGCACUGGAGUCCUGAAACAUAGUGGCCCUGCAUCAUUUUUUAUGAAAUGUUAUUUAUUGGUCUUUAAAAUGAGCUUUUUUUCUACUUGUAAAAUUGGGCCACACCAUGAGAUCAGUUUAUUUUUAUUUGAGGUUUUAUAUCAGUAUGUGAGAAGCACAAUCUCUGUCAGUGCUGACCAGAUGAUUCAUACAUUCAGGCAGCUGCUCACCUCCAAGGCUCAUGUUGACCUCUCAGAUUCACAUAAAGGACCAAAGAUGAGUUUUAAGCAGGGGCUAAUGGACAUGUGUUAGCAUUAUUAGUUGAGGCAUACUAUUUUUGUGUUGAGCUGCUAAUUAAUCCUUAGCUCGGCUGCCCUGUCAACAUAACAGAUGGUGCAAAUGAAUAAAGGGGCUGUGUCUUGCAUCUCCAUGAUAAGGCUACUUGUUUUAUGGAGGCAGGAUUUUUGCAAUGUUAAUUAACCCCUCUUAAAUCGUCAAGCUUUGGUCAUUUGUUCUGUAUGCAUUCCACGCAAGUUUGUACCAUUUAUACUUUGUUUUUUCUUACAUCUUCAACAAGUUAUGUUAUGGCUGAGUAGCCCAGGUUUUGUGUCCAGGACUGCCUUUUUCAGAAACAGAAUGACGUUUGGUUACUUCAGCCACUGCUUUGUAUAUUCUGAUUAACAAAUAAAUUGUCUUUUUACUUAA